AUGCUACAAUUCUGUCUAAAGAUCUCCUCUAUACUCUUGUUCUUGUGGAUUCAUAGUCUAAAGGUGGCGAUCGUAGAUGCUCGAACUCUGGCGUGUAACAUAGGGUUCUCUAGGAACCCCGAUCGCAGUGCAAAAUGCACGACCUUUGAGGAUGCCUCAGUUGCAUACAAGUGUGAUUAUGCGACAUGCUGGAAUCAAGGCCAUCAGUGGGUUCUGCAAACUGGCUGUCAAUUGGUCGGAAGCGGCAUUAAGGGAACAAGCCAGCAACACUGUUCCGAAUACUAUGACAAUGGCUCCAAUAUGAGUUGUAAAAAUCCCUCAGGUGUACCUUACACAUGCGGUAUUGGUAGUAAUUGGAUGCAUUGUGACGCUUCAACUUGCAAGACGUCAUAG